GAAAAACCCAUGCUCCAGCUUGUCAAUUUCUGCAUGGUUUCGAAAAUGGACUUUUACCCGCACGGAAAUCAGAUAAGAAGAAGCAACAUGGGUUAAACCUUGAGCAGAGUGACGAUGCCCCACACCAGUGAUGAGGAAGGAGAUGAUAGAAGUAAGCAGAAAGUUUGGGCCCGAGGUGAGAAAUGUCUGGCACCAUAUUCUGGUGAUGGGGAGCUAUACAGAGCAUGCAUCAAAGAGAUUCACCUUGGAAACAGAAAGGGGGUAUUUGCUGUGGUCAAGUUUGAUGAGUAUGACUCUGAAGAAAAUGAAGAAGUCCCUAUCUCCAGCCUCCAACCAACCAAGCAGAAGUCUGGAUGGAGGAAAAACACUGUGGAUUCUGCAGAAAAAGAUGAGGAUGCUCUUGAGAAGAGUAUGUUUAAACCACUGUCUGGCAACGAGGAAUAUUUACGACUUGAGGGAAAAUUCCACACGAUGGACAGUGACAGUGAUGAGGACCGGCAGUCCCAUGCACCUAAAACAAAGGGUAAAGUUUCAGAAUGGAUGAUGAGCCUGUCGAGUGCAAGGGGCUCAAAGACAAAGUCUCAUGGCAAGACGAGAGCCGUUGUAGCCAUCGGAGGAAGGAAGAAAGAUAAAAGUACAACCAAGCAUCAAAAUGCUGGAUGUCAGGUGUGUAGAGAAGAGAAACAGGACAACAACUAG